AUGAAUCGUGCUACUACUUACGACGACAAGAUCCAUUGCAUUGCUGAUCUCGAGAAUGAAGGUAAUAAAAAGCUUGCACCAAUGGUCCGCGAUUUCUAUAAUGGAGGGUCAAUGGAUCUUAAUACACUUAAGGAGAACAAAUCUUCUUAUGAUCGUUACCGUUUAAGGCCACGAGUAAUGGUAGACGUUACUGAAGUUGAUACUAGUACUACUUGCUUAGGAUCAAAUGUUGCAUUUCCAUUGGGAUUUUCUCCAUCUGCGAAUCAUGGUCUAGCUCAUCCCGAUGCUGAGGGUGGUACGUCAAGAGCUGCUGCUAAGAAGAGAAUUAAUAUGGUACUUUCAAGUUGGUCUAAUACCUCUCCGAAAGUAGUAGCUGAACAGGGUAAAGACGCUGGUAUUUCGUAUGCGCAGCAAUUGAGUGCAGUCAAGGAUGAAGAGACGAAUAUGUCUAUUAUUCGUAAUGCUGAAGAAUUCGGCUACAAAGCGAUUUUCUUAAGUGUUGAUUGUCCCUGGUUAGGCAGAAGACUUAAUGAGAUGAAAAAUACUUUUGCUUUACCUUCGCAUUGUACUUUUCCCUGCUAUCCAUUUAUUAAUGGUGAUAACAUGGUGAGUGGUGAUAAUAGAACCCAAUAUGAAACUAACCUCACUUGGUCUUAUAUUAAAGAUUUAAAAAAGAAGACCAAGUUGCAAAUUUGGCUUAAGGGGAUUCUUACUGCUGAAGAUGCAGAAUUGGCGGUUAAUGCUGGGGCGGACGGCAUUGUUGUGUCGAAUCAUGGUGGAAGACAACUUGAUGGUGCCAUGAGCACUUUGGAUGCGUUACCAGAGGUCGUUCAAGCAGUCAGAGGCAGAAUCCCGGUUCAUAUCGAUGGAGGUAUCAGAAGAGGUAGUGAUAUUUUCAAGGCUCUUGCUUUAGGUGCUGAUUAUUGCUGGGUGGGUCGUAUUGCUCUCUGGGGACUUGCUUAUAAAGGUGAAGAAGGUGUUUCCAUUGCAUUAAAUAUUUUGCAUGAUGAAUUCAGUUUAGUUAUGGCAUUAAUGGGCUGCACUACUGUCCAGGACAUAAAGCCAGAACACCUAGCAAGGAUGUCUGAAGAUGGUAGACUCCACAAAGUAACACGCAGAGUUGAAGCUAAGUUAUGA